AUGUGCCAGGAGUAUGAAGAUGCUCAGGAUGUCAGCCCGUACGAUCUAGAAAAACUUGAGAAAAUUUUAGAAAAAAUUAAUCCUUUACUAGAACAUACUUCGACACACGAAGUUAUAGAUGAAGCGAUAAUUUUAGAAAAAUAUGUACCAAAAGGAAAAAGAACGUUACAAGUGGAUAUUUCAAAAUUACAAUGUCGGCUGUGUGACCAACCUUAUCUAAAUUUAAACAAGAUACGCAAUCAUUUAAAAUCGGAACAUGAGAAGGAAUUCGCGCCAGUCGGUAAUGGCAUGACAGAAUAUAUUAUGGAGGCUCAAAAUGGUUCAUUUAUAUGUCACAUGUGCGACAUGAGCUUACCUUCGUUCCCGCUUUAUAACUCUCACAUGAAUAGCCACGUUGGAAAAGUUGUCUGCGAUUUUUGCGGAGCUGGAUUCCUAAAUCAGCACAUCUUAAGGACACACAAAGCAUCGCAUAUAACUAAAGAAUACCGUUGCAAGGAAUGUGAUCGCGUUUUCCUCAAAAAGACCCAAUUGAAAUAUCACGAUGAUAUUAUUCACAAAGGAAAAGAUAGAGUUAGGCCAAAGAAAUGUCACCUUUGUCCACAAACGUUUAAGGAGCAUUAUAGUAAAAUGGUGCACCUUAAGCAAGUUCACGGAAUAGUAAAGAAUUUCUCGUGUCACGUCUGUAAAUCGGUUUUCGGCACGCGGCGCGCUCUGACCGAACACACGACCAAGAGUCACACCGAGAAGUACAAAUGUAAAGUGUGCUCUAAAUGCUUUGGGGUAGAGUCUAAAUUGAAACUGCAUUUGCGUGGACACACCGAUUGUCCUUCAGGAUUCAAUGAUAAAGAUGAAUUCACAAAACACAUCACAGAACGCCAUUCGUUGAAUUAA